GCUUCACACUUCCGUUUGCUGAUGUUUCCUGGCCUUUCUUGUUGUCUUACAUAGGUGUGAAGUUGUCUUUGGAUUACUGAAAUGCAGCUCCGAGCCUCCCUGGAAAGCCCGCGGGAGCCCAAGGCGGACGGCAGAUGUCCUCCGGGGAGGUCCUGCCGCUCGCUGCUCCCGUCUUGUCGCCGGGCGGCCGAGCCCACGCCGGGGACGGCCACAGCCUCCCGAGGAAGGCCGGAGGGCGCCCGGCCCCGCCCGGCCCCGGGCCCCGCGGCGUCACGUGACGUCACGCGGGAGCUCCCGCGGCGCCACGCCCCUUGGCCCCGGCGGCGGCGGCGGCGGAGCCGGCUGGAGGUCCGGCCGGGACCGAGGGUGGGUGCUGCAGCGCCGAGCUGCCCCAGGGGCCCGCGGCCCGGCCAGCUCCGGCAGCGACCGUGGAGUCGGUGGAGAACUUGACCGCGAGCCCGUGCGUCGGAGCAGAGUUAGCCCUGACUGUGUCUGACGCCAGCACGGCCCGUGGCAGGCGUGGACGGAUGUGGGAUGCACAGGCUCACUCUUGGUUUUCAGCCUUCAUUGCCUACGGUUUAGUGAUGGCAUCCGAGAGGACUGGGUGGGAACGCCACAUUGCAAAACGAUCUGCUCAAGUUAAAUGAUGAGUUUCUGGCAAGUGCGAAGUAAGAAAUUAGAAGUGUCUAGAAUUAAUUGUUAACAGGCUGUUAAAACUUUGUGUGUUUUUGCUGUUGAAACGAAUGUUGAGUGCCCCAGGCGGGCUUCAAACUCACUCUGCAUGAUAUUGAACUCCUGAUUCUACCGUUUCCAUCUUCAGAGUACUGUCGUUAUAAUAAUAUAGUCAUGAGACAGCCUCCACAUCAGGUCAGGUUGUUUGUUUGUUUGUUUACUUUUAGGCUGUGCUAGGCAUCCAACCCAGGGCUCUGCGCAUGCUAAGUAAGCACUCUACCAACGGAACCACAUUCUUAGCUUUUCACUAAUUAUUUUAAAAUUAGGAUGUCCUGUGGCUUGUUUUAAGAUUCAAAGUCAGUAGGGGAAGGACCAAUUUGAAUACAAACAGCAGAUUCUACAGUGAAGCAAACAGAUAGAAUUACAGUCUCUUUUUAAACCAGCCCAAUAGUUUUCUGUGAUACUUAGGUGUUCUAGAAGACCUAGGAAUAAUACAGGUUUUAAAAGUUGAGUAGUGCUGGACAUGGUGACCAAGCCUGUAAUCCCAGCCAGAGAAGCAAAAGCAACAGUAAGCCUGGCCAGUUUGAGGCCAGCCUAGAAGGCAGUUUUCCACUCAUCUCAGAUCUGAGUGGAUAAUACUUGAUUCACUCACUGGGAUUGCACAUUCCAGGAUAAUUUUGUCCUAUCUUACCACGGCCAUACAAAUGUUGGAAUCUUUUAAGGGGCUGCUAGCAUUCAUUACUGUUACAGUAACUUCCCAGUUUUAUUUUUUUUUUAAGAUCUUAUUUUAUGUGUAUGAGUGUUUGCCUGCAUAUAUGUAUGUAUACCAUAU